AUGUCUUUACAAAACUGGAUCCAAGAUGUCCAAUCUGUGGAACAAAUCUUCCAAAUCCAUAAGGAUUCUAAAAACAUACCUGACGAAUGUCCAAUUAAUGACCCAAUUGGUGGUGUUGAUAUAAGGUGUGGUCCAAUUUUAAGAUUAAUUAGUUCUUUAGAAAAUAAUUCAAAUAAUUAUAGAGCUUCAAUUAUGCUUGUUGUUAAAGGUUCAAGAGCUCCAAAGAUUACAUAUGUUCAAGGUCCUGUUUUACCAAAUUCUUUAGAUGAAUUAAAUCAAGGUGAAUAUUCAAGUGAAAUUUUUGCUCAAGUUGAAGAUUAUUCAUUUUAUAGAUUUUUAAUUAAUACUGAAUUAAUUGAAACUGAACAAAAAAUUAGAUAUACAAUUAAUGAUUCUUUAUCAUAUGAUUUUUUUUUACCAUCAGCAAAUCAACCAAUGAAUAUAAUUUCUUAUUCAUGUAAUGGUUUUUCAUUAUCAACUGAUACUUCAUCAUAUAAUUCUUCACUUUGGUAUGAUGUUUUACAACGUCAUCAAACUCAACAACGUUAUCAUGUUAUGCUUGGUGGUGGUGAUCAAAUUUAUUGUGAUGCUAUUAAAAACGCAUCAGAAUUAUUUCAUAAUUGGUUAGAAGAAAAAAAUCCAAUAAAGAAACAACAUCAAAAAUUAACUCCUGAUAUGGCUAAAUCUUUCCAUGAUUUUUAUAUUGAACAAUAUUUAAAAUGGUAUGGUCAAGGUUUUUGGGUUGGUACUCAGGGGAAAAUUUUAGAAUCUUUAUUCCCAAGAGCUAUGGCUACAAUCCCAUCUAUAAAUAUUUAUGAUGAUCAUGAUAUUAUUGAUGGUUAUGGUUCUUAUCGUGAUUCUACAAUGGGGACUGAAAUUUUCAAAGGUGUUGGUUCAAUCGCCUACAAGUAUUAUAUGUUAUUUCAACAACAAGUUAAUCCUGAAAAUGAUGAAAAGGCUUAUUUGAAAGAUCCUUCAUGGAUUUUAGGUUCUAAACCUGGUCCAUGGAUGGGUGAACCAAGUCAUUCAAUUUUCACCAAGUUGGGUAAAGGUAUUGGAUUUUUAGGUUUAGAUUGUAGAACUGAAAGAAAAUUGAAAACUAUUGUUUCUCAAGAUACUUAUUCAUUAAUUUUCCAAAGAUUAGAAUCUGAAUUGAAAUCAGAUCCAACUAUAAAGCAUUUAUUAGUCUUGUUAGGUGUUCCAAUUGCUUAUCCAAGAUUAGUUUGGUUAGAAUGGUUAUUAAAUUCUCCUUUAUUAGCUCCUGCAAGAACUUUAGCUCAAAAGGGUAUCAUUGCAAAAGGUUUAGUUAAUGAAUUUGAUGGGUCUGUUGAAGUUUUAGAUGAUUUAAAUGAUCAUUGGUGUUCAGCUCAUCAUAAAAAGGAAAGAAAUAAAUUAAUUGGAAAUUUACAAAAAUUAGGUUCAAGUCAUGGUGUUAGAAUUACCAUAUUAAGUGGUGAUGUUCAUUUAGCUGCAAUUGGGCGUUUCAAGACCAAAAUGCAUUUAAAUCAUGUUUUCAAUAAGGAAAAAUACCAACAACAUAAUGAAAAUGUUAAAAGAAAACCUGAAGAAGAUCCAAGAUUAAUGUUGAAUAUUAUUUCUUCAGCUAUUGUUAAUGCACCACCACCAGAUGCUAUGGCUGGAUUAUUAAAUAAAAGAUCUGGUAUUCAUCAUUUUGAUCAUCAUACAGAUGAAGAUAUGGUUCCAAUUUUCACCAAAGAUACAGAUGAAUCAAUUCGUUCAAAUAAAGAAUUUUUAAAUAAGAGAAAUUGGGCAGAUUUAAUUUCUAUUAAAAAUAUCCCAAAUACUAAUGGUCAAUAUAAUCUUGGUGAUGAAAAAUUACCAGGUCCUGCUACUGGUAUACCAAAAGAUUUAUCUAUUAGAGAUGAACGUGAUUUAAAAUAUAAAAUUACUGAAGAUUCUCUUAUUGCAACUAUCCAUGUUGAAAAAGAUCAUACUAAAUAUGAAAGUGAAACUCUUGGUUAUGAAAUCGCUAUUCCGGAACUAGUUGGGAAAUAUCAAUUGAAAGAUAUUGGUGUUAAAGAUUGA